AAGGGCAUUUUACAGCGGGAGGAAUCUGCAACAAUGGCCGAGAUUAACCAGGAACCCGAGGAAAACGUUAACAAAGAGGAAACCAUCAUUGCUCCGGUCAGCGAGGAAGAUGUUGAGGCACUACAGGAAAGCGCGAAUGGCGUGAAAACUGAAAGUGAUGAUGUUCCAAAGGAGAAAGCAGAGCAGAAAGACAAGUCGUCCGCCGGCAGAAAGUCAAACCGCUACCACCCCUAUUCUAAAGACAGGCAUGGUGGCCCGGGAGACAAGAAGGGAACCCACAAAAACCGAGUGUUCAUUAGCAAUAUCCCUUAUGAUAUGAAGUGGCAGGCAAUUAAAGAUCUAAUGCGAGAGAAAGUCGGUGAGGUUACAUACGUGGAGCUCUUUAAGGAUGCUGAAGGAAAGUCAAGGGGCUGUGGUGUUGUGGAAUUCAAAGAUGAGGAGUUUGUGAAGAAAGCAAUGGAGGUCAUGAAUAAAUAUGAUCUGAACGGCAGACCACUGAACAUUCGGGAGGACCCUGAUGGAGAGCAUGCGAGGAGGGUCCUGCAGAGGGCUGGGGGAAUGUUUCCUGGGGGGCGUGGGCAGGACGGAGGGCCGGGGGGGAUGAACCUGCCCCCGUCUAUCGCCAAUAACCCCAACAUUCCCCCUGAGAUCCUGAAUGCUCUCCAGGCCGGCAGACUGGGCUCCACAGUAUUUGUCGCCAACCUGGAUUUUAAGGUGGGCUGGAAGAAGCUGAAGGAGGUGUUCAGCAUGGCUGGGACGGUGAAGAGGGCCGACGUGAAAGAGGAUAAGGAUGGCAAGAGUCGCGGCAUGGGGACGGUCACGUUUGAGCAGCCGCUGGAGGCCGUCCAGGCGAUCUCCAUGUUCAAUGGGCAGAUGCUCUUUGAUAGACCCAUGCAUGUGAAAAUGGACGACAAAUCUCUUCCCCCUGAUGAUUUUCGUCCUGUGGAGAAAGCACCUCAGCUGCCAAGAGGCCUCGGAGGGAUCGGAAUGGGGCUUGGCCCAGGAGGUCAGCCAAUCAACGCAAACCGUCUGAGUGCUGGAGGAAUGGGGGCCAUGGGUCCAUCAGGCAUGGACGGGCCUGGGUUUGGGGGCAUGAAUAGAGUGGGAGGCAUGGGAGGAGGAUACGGCGGCAUGGACGGGAUGGGGAACAUGGCGGGAUUCGGCGGGAGAGACAUGGCAGCGAUGGGCCGAAUGGGAGACAUGUAUCGCUCAGGAAUGGGAGGGAUGGAGCGGGAUUUUGGCAGGAAUGACGUGGGAAUGAACCGACCUUUUGGAGACUCGUUUGGAGGAUUUGGAGGAGGAAUGGGAGGCUUCGGAGGAGGAAUGGCUCCCAUGGGCUCUGGAUUAGGUGGAGGAAUGGGAGGAAUGAGUAUGGAUCGUGUGGGUUCUGGUUUUGAUCGUAUGGGCGGGAACAUGGACGUGAACUGCGGCUUCGGGGGCUUUGGCUCCGGUUCCUCUAACAUGGGCGGCGGAAUGUCGGACAGAGGAUCGGGAUCCAAAGCAGGAUGUCAGAUAUUUGUGCGAAAUCUGUCAUACGACCUUACCUGGCAGAAACUGAAGGAGAAAUUCAGUCACUGUGGUCAAGUUUUGUUUGCUGAAAUAAAAAUGGAGAACGGGAAGUCAAAGGGUUGUGGGACUGUUCGCUUUGACUGUCCUGAGAGUGCAGAGCAGGCCUGCAGGCUGAUGAACGGUACCAAAAUCAACGGCAGGGAGGUGGACGUCCGCAUCGACCGAAACGCUUAACUUCCCGUAGUGACUGACACCCUGUGCCCUCCUGCACUUUUUGUUUUGUUUUAAAAACAUUUCCAAAAUUCUCUACUGUCAUACCACAAAAUUUCAGUGCAAGUCACCAGCCUGUAACUGGAUGUGUACAAGGUUUGUUUAUAUACCGUGACAUUUUUUUUUUUUGUAAACCCUUUUUAAUUUGUGGCUCACCAGUUUAUUUGAAUGACAAAAUAAACUUUUUAAUUUUUAAA